GUGGUGGCUGUGGAGCGGAAGUGGGUCUCAAACGCUAUAAAGCCUCUCUAUGCCUGUCUGGAGCUGGAGAGGACAGCCUGCCAGAGUCUGGUCUCCCGACACCAUGGGCACACGAUUCCUCCUGGCUCUGUGUCUUGUCCUCCUGGUAUUGGGAUUCGAGGUCCAGGGGGCCCAACUGCCCCAGCAAGAUGAGCCGCCCAGCCCGGCCUUGCUCACCCAGGUGCAGGAAUCUCUCUCCAGUUACUGGGAGUCAGCAAAGGCAGCCGCCCAGAAGCUGUACGAGAAGACAUACCUGCCUGCUGUAGACGAGAAACUCAGGGACUUGUACAGCAAAAGCACAGCAGCCAUGAGCACUUACACAGGCAUUUUUACUGACCAAGUUCUUUCUGUGCUGAAGGGAGAGGAAUAACAGCCAGACCCUCCAUCUGUGAACAAGGGGAGAGUCCCCCGCUCCCCUGAUCCCCCAGGUUCGGACUGAGCUCCCCCUUCCCAGUAGCUCUUGCAUCCUGCUCCCAACUCUAGCCUGAAUUCUUUUCAAUAAAAAAAUACAAUUCAAGUUGCUUCUCAUGGAUGGCACUGCUUUUCUGAGGACUCAGGGGCCAAGAUGGAGGGGCUGACUCAGUCCAGCCAACAUUUAAUCAGCACCUACUGUUGUGUAUGGAGCCCUAACCCAUGGGUCUGUUGGAAUAGAACAGUGAAUAGUAACAAUAAAUAAUCGAAACA